AUGAAACUCCUCUACCCAACUUCCCUCCACAUCGACACAAAGUCCCUGGAAGGCUUCUCCGUCGAAUUGCAUCCCUACGAUGUCACACAACCAAUCCCCGAAUCCCUAAUUGACGCCGAAUUCCUUGUAACAUGGAGCAACAAAGCCUCAAACCUCCGUGACGCAGCCUCUCGCAUGAAGAAUCUCCGCUGGAUCCAGUCGCUAGCAGCCGGUCCAAAUGAUGUCCUCGCUGCGGGCUUUGAUGCCUCCCGUGUCUCUAUCACAACCGGUUCCGGCUUGCACGAUGAAACUGUCGCCGAGCACACACUCGGCUUGCUACUCAACGCUUCCCGCCGCUUUUACGAAAUGCGUGAUUACCAGUCUCGUGGCGAGUGGCCCGGCCACCUCGGCGGCGCCCAGCCUGAUCGUGCCCCUGGCACUUUCCGUACCCUCAAGGGUGCUAACAUUACUAUAUGGGGAUUCGGAAACAUUGCCAAGUGUCUUGCACCCGUGCUGACUGCGCUGGGGGCUAAUGUCACCGGUGUUGCACGGAGUACGGGCGUGCGUAAUGGUUUCGAGGUUGUUGCGGAGGAUCGCUUGCAAGAUAUCCUCCCCAAGACUGAUGCGCUUGUUAUGAUUUUGCCUGGAUCCGCGAGCACCAAUGGUGCGCUUAAUGCCCAGCGCUUAGCGUUGCUGCCAAAACACGCUUGGGUUGUUAAUGUUGGCCGGGGAACUUCUGUUGAUGAGGAUGCGCUGCUUGAGGCGCUCGAAAAGGGUAGCAUUGGUGGAGCCGCGUUGGAUGUUUUCUCCGCUGAGCCGCUGCCAAAAGAGUCAAAGCUUUAUGCCGCGCCUAAUCUGAUCCUUUCGCCUCAUGCUGCUGGUGGACGCCCGCGUGAGGCUGAGGCGCUUAUUGCGUAUAACCUCAGACGAAUUCUUGCUGGGCAGGAGUUGAAGAAUAUUAUUCAAGCUUGA